CCUGCCCGCGACUCUCACCUCCUCCCUCUGGCUCUGGCUGUCGCCUCCUUUAUAAAGCCUAGCUCUCCCAUCACCCCCACUUGCCCCUCACUGCCGCUGCCAGCUCUGGGCUCCAUGGACUGGUCCCACCUGAGGUGCCCCUGACCAUCCCUGAUCCCCACCCCACCCCGGAUCCCGGCAAUGCUAACCGCUGUCUGCGGCUCUCUGGGCAGCCAGCACACGGACGCGCCUCACGCCUCCCCGCCGCGCCUCGACCUGCAGCCUCUCCAAACAUACCAGGGCCACACGAGCCCGGAGGCCGGGGACUACCCCUCCCCGCUGCAGCCUGGAGAGCUGCAGAGCCUCCCGCUGGGCCCUGAGGUGGACUUCUCACAGGGCUAUGAGCUGCCGGGGGCCUCCUCUCGGGUAACCUGCGAGGACCUGGAAAGCGACAGUCCCUUGGCCCCGGGACCCUUUUCCAAGCUCCUGCAGCCGGACAUGUCACACCAUUACGAAUCGUGGUUCCGGCCAACUCACCCAGGCACUGAGGAUGGCUCGUGGUGGGACCUUCAUCCGGGCGCCAGCUGGAUGGACCUCCCCCACACUCAGGGCGCGCUGACCUCACCCGGCCACCCCGGGGCGCUUCAGGCUGGCUUGGGGGGCUACGUCGGAGACCACCAGCUUUGUGCCCCGCCGCCCCACGCACACCCGCACCACCUCCUCCCGGCCGCGGGAGGGCAGCACCUCCUGGGGCCUCCCGACGGGGCUAAGGCCUUGGAAGCGGCCGCCCCGGAGUCCCAGGGGCUGGAUUCCAGUCUGGACGGGGCAGCCCGGCCCAAAGGCUCCCGGCGGUCAGUGCCCCGCAGCUCUGGCCAGACCGUCUGCCGCUGCCCCAAUUGCCUGGAGGCGGAGCGACUGGGGGCUCCGUGCGGGCCCGACGGGGGCAAGAAGAAGCAUUUGCACAAUUGCCACAUCCCGGGCUGCGGGAAAGCCUACGCCAAGACGUCGCACCUGAAGGCGCACCUGCGCUGGCACAGCGGCGACCGCCCCUUCGUGUGCAACUGGCUCUUCUGCGGCAAGCGCUUCACGCGCUCCGACGAGCUGCAGCGCCACCUCCAGACCCACACGGGCACCAAGAAGUUCCCCUGUGCAGUCUGCAGCCGCGUCUUCAUGCGCAGCGACCACCUGGCCAAACACAUGAAAACCCACGAGGGCGCCAAAGAGGAGGCUGCCGGGGCGGCCCCAGGCGAGGGCAAGGCCGGCGGAGCGGUGGAGCCCCCCGGGGGCAAAGGCAAGAGGGAGGCCGAGGGCGGCGCGGCUCCCUCCAACUGAGCUGCUCCGGUACCGCCCCCCACGCUGGUCUCCCCUGGGGGCGUCAGAAGAGAUUUCCCCGGCCCCCCCUCCCCCCGGCCUGACGCCCUUGGGAGGUGACUUGAGUCAGAGGAGAAGGUGGUUAUUUAUUGAGGGGGAGGAAAAGUGGUGCGGGGUCAGGGGGACCGGGCGCUAGGGUUUUCUGUAGUCUCUGAGGCUGGACAAGACGUGUUUGGCUGGGCUGGGAGGAGCUGCGCAUGCCCCUCCGUCCUCCCCUUCCUCACUACUUCGCUCCUGUGUCCGGGCUGGGGGGGGGGUUGGGGUGGGGUACCCCUACCGCGGCUGGAGGGCGGAGGGGACCUGCUGGAAGAGACGGCGCGUCCCCGGAGCAGAGAGGAGUGGGGCCGCCGCGGGCGCUGGGGGUAGCUGUCCGG